UCUUGUUCUUCUCUCUCCCACAGCCUCCCCCCGAAGGCUGACGAUCUGAGUCCAAUGCUCUCACACUCUAGAGGAAAUCCUUCUAGAAUGCUUGACAACGUGCUUAAUCAUCAGGAAGCUGCCAAACUGGAGUUUUCAGAGCAAUGUGGGAGUUUGACAACUGUUUUCAGGGACCUGAGAAUAAGAAAUCUGUUGGGAAAUCCCCUGUUUCCUCCUUGUCCUGCUGCGCCCAGGAUGAAAGGGUCCUGGUGUGGCCCUGUUGGUGCCACUUGGAUCCCUGAGUCCUGGAGCAGCGGGAGGCAGGCUUUCAUCAAUCCAGAAAGGAUGUCCUAUCAGCAGCAGCAGCAAUGCAAAGUGCCCUGCCAGCUACCUCCCCAGGUCCCUGUGACCUGCCCUCCCCAAGUCUCUGUGCCCUGCCCUCCCAGGGUGCCUGAGCCUUGCCCUCCCAAGGGACCUGAGCCCUGCCCUCCACCCCCAAGCCAGCAGAAAUGCCCCCCUGUGCAGCAUCCCUCUUGCCAGCAGGAAUGCAUGUCAAAGCAGAAGUGACACCUCUUAAACCACCACACCCUAACUUUGGGCACGGAGCUGCUGUAUCCUCUCUCUGCCCACCUCAGACUCCUUUGUUCCAGCAACUACAGGAAACACCACACAGCCCCAGGAGAAUCUACCUCUCAACUGACUCAAAGGAGAAUGACAGCUGCGUUCACAGGUUUUCGAGUGAUUGUUCAACUGAUUCCUCUCAGCGUCAACAUCCAGAAACCAGCAGGGAUUGGACCGGAGUUACAAAGGCCUUCCCUGGAACCAUAUGUUUAUAUCUGCUGUGGCCAGGGGAGGCCAGUUUCUUUAGCUGCUGCCUCUAUGCCUCUGCUGCCUCUGUUGGCCUGAGAUCAUCAGAAUGAUGGAAGUGUCCUCCUUUGCCACUGCCUCCUGCCCUUUUCCAAAUUUUUUGAGGUUUUGAGAAGCUGAUAUCUUUUAAGUAACUGAUUUAAGUAAAUGGAAAAUUACCCCUAGUUCCCUCUCUUCCUACACUCUUCAGUUAUGGCGAUGAGGUCUUCUGUUUCCUAUCACCUCCCUGCUUACUUCUUCAUCUCCAAAGACAGCUGACUCUUGCUCUGUCCCUGAGCCUGGACAUUCCCAACCCUGUGAUGCUGUGACUUCCUUCUUCCCACUUCCUUCAAUAAAUUCAGUUGU